AUGAAUCACAUCCUCCUCCUUGGUGACUCGCUGACACAGCAGGGCUACCUGUCCGGUUGGGUGUCGCGCCUCAGCAACUGCUACAUUCGCCGUGCGGAUGUGGUGAACCGUGGACUGAGUGGCUACAACUCGCGAUGGGUGCUGGAUAUCCUGAAGGACGAUGCGCGGCGGGUGCACCUGCUGCCUUCAAACAUUAGCCGGCCGUUGUUUGUGACGGUGCUGCUUGGAUCCAACGACGCUGCUGCAACAGGGCAGAAAGUACCGCUGGAGGAGUAUAAGGAGAACCUGAAAGCGAUCAUUGCCCUUGUGCGUGAGCACGCGGCCCCUAUCGGCGGUAUUUUUCUUCUAGCGCCGCCUCCCGUCGAUGACGAGGCACGUUCAUGUUGGAUGAGGAAUGUCGGUCGCGACCCUGAUGUCUGCGGCCGCGGUCUUGUGGCAGUGCGCUCAUACCGCAAUGCUGCACUGCAGGUUGGGGCCGAGGAGAAUGCGGCGCACAAGGAUGUCACUGUGAUCGACCUGUACCGUGUGAUCUUGGGCGACGGUGCAGACACAAUGCCGUACUCGAAGGGUCCGUGGUGUGAAUAUUUCUACGAUGGCCUGCACUUCAACGAGGCCGGGGGCCAACUCGUCUUUGAGGCGCUGUGGGACGCGAUUCAGAAGUCUGCCAAGGCCCAGGAGAUUUUGCCGGAGGCGCUUCCGUAUGUUUUGCCCCCGCACGAUACACUGUGGGCUGCGGGCAAGUGA